CAUUCCGCAGUUGCACAGUUGUAGCCCGCCGUGCAGCCAGCACAGUUGCCGCAGCGGCCACCAUGCGCGCCCCCACUGCUGCCCUGGGCCUGGCCCUCCUCCUGGCCUUCGCCUCCUGCACCACGGCGGCCAAGACAUACACGGUCAACUGGUUUGCUGGCAAGCCCAGCAUCCCAGGGGUGGGCACCACUAACAUCCUCAACAUCAAAGUGGGGGAUACAGUCAAGUUCCAAUGGUUUUCCACCCACGACUUGUGGCUCAUGCCCGGCACCGUGUGCAACAAAAACAACAAGGGCGUGAAGAAGGCGGGUCCCAGCGGCAGCGGCAGCUGGAGCUUCACGUUCAGGGCCGUCAAGCCGUCGCCCGGCUGGACCUAUGGCUGCUACAUUCAAUCCGGCGCCACCACGCACUGCGCGAUGGGCCAGCGCCUGCAGGUGAUCGUGAAGCCGGCCGUUGGGCGCAAGCUCAAGUGAGGCGGCUGGCAGCCCCGUGGGCGGCCAGCGCGCAUCCCAUGAUGGGGUGCUGGGAUUCCGUUCCGCCACCAGCAAUGUCCAUGCCUGCCGCCGGCACCCGCACGUGACCCUACAACAUGUUCGUUUACCUUAAACUGCAUUUUGCCUAUAUUUGUCGUGAGCCGCUCUGGCUACCCGCAUCUCGGUUGCGCCGAGGCCUGUCUGCCGUCGCUUUUCAUGGCGCCUGAGCUCCCUGUAUGCACUCAAGCCCGCCACCUGCCGUUCUGUGCUCUGCUCAAGUCUGUCUCAUCUGGUACCUCUCAAGCCAAACUUUCUGCCCUGUAUCCGGCGACAUGUUUGUCCCUAGAUUCAUUUGCUGUGGCACUGGCAUGGCAAGGAUGCCGCCAGGCAUUCCCCUUUGCAUGACGCCACACGCUGCUGCCAGCGCUGGCAGUGGCCGCGCCUGCCUGCGCUGCGUUUCACCGGCUCAUCAGCCACUUUCAAUCACUGAGACGACAAUCAUGUAAGAUGGAUGCCAAGAU